AUGAGCGACGCUCAGCAGGCCCUUCAGUCGACGCUGCUGCGGCUGUGUGUGCUGUGCGCCACGUCGCUGCAGGCGAUCCAUCCCAGCCAGGCGCCACAGGAGACGGUCGAUAACGAGGCGGCAAAGCAGGACGGCGCGGCACUCAGCGAACAAAUCUACAACGACCUGCAUGCCCUCUUGAAAAAGACGCUCAAAGAUACCACUGGCCUCUCGCUCGCGAUGCGCCCGCCCAAGGGGAGUGUGCAGGAUACAGACGCGCCGCUCGCAGGUCUCGAUCAAGGAAGCAUCGAUGCCGCAUCGGGGCUCCUGCAGUCGCUCGCGACCGAUACCGUGCCCAAGAUGGCAUUCCUCGCGAACCUCGCACAGAAGAAUGCCACGGUCUGGUGCCUGACCGAGGCGGCAGCCAACGACGAGAGCGUUGCACUCGCAAAGGAAAUGGGGGCAAAGCUCGUCUAUGGCGAUGGCGCCAAGGGACGCAAGGCGAUCGAGGCAAGUGUCGGCGUCCUUUUUGCCAGCGAAGUGCGCCAGGCCAUUACGGAGGUGGUCGACCUCGUCGCGCAGCUCUGUCAGAGCUUUAUGGAUAUGCGCACACGCACCGUGCUUGACCGUGCGCAGGCACGCCGCGAAGGAACGACGGCCUCGAACACGCUUCCGCCGCCCACGCGCCAGCUGUCUCUGACGCUCACCAAGAAGCUGUGGAACUUUUGCGAUGGCUUGGCGGGCGAGGGGAGCGCGGAGAAGCACGUCGCACGGCUGCCGCGGAACAAUAAGGAGGCGCUCAUGAAGGUGUGGAAGCAGUCGCAGCUCAUGCUCCAAGAUGGGCUCGACGAGGUCCAGGAGACGAUCGAGAACGAUGACGACGAGGAAGAGGAAGAGGAUGACGACGUCGGCGCGCAGUGGUCGAAGUCUGUCAAGCUAUCCGAGGACGAGCGCCGCGUCGCGCAGCAGGUGUUUGCGCUGCUGCAGAGCGGCAUGGCAUUGCAGAAAGACGUGCGUCUUGCGCUCUUCCGCGAAGCACACGCGGAUGUGGACUAUGAUGAUGUCGGCGACGCAAUGACGGAGCUUGCCGAGGCUCAGGACGAUCUCGUGGCAGCGACGUUGUACGGCGAGGAGGAGGAAGAGGAGGAGAAGGACGACGACGACGACAACGACGACGACAACGAGACCAAGGCGGACGCCGAGCCCCAGUCCAACCUCAACGAGGCCGCCAACGCUUACCUUUCUGUAUGCGAGCACCUGUGCAACGCCGCCCGCCAGGACACCUCGCUAUUGACGUCGGUGAACAAGGCCCACCAGGCCGUGUUCAAGUAG